UUCUGUCAACGUCACUUGUAAUUGAUUUCAUAACCUCAAAAACCAAAUUCCAGUAUGUCGAAAGCCUCCCCUACGGGGGGCGUCAAGCCCAUGCCGAUAGCCGGUCGGCUCGUGUCCGAUCGAGAACGUUUGCUUGGGAUGACCGAAGCUGAAAGGGCCUUUCGAAGGCAAUGGCUUAAAGACCAAGAAUUGGCUCCGACCGAGCCGAGACCCGUACCCGAGAUGUACAAAGCUACUCAUAACCCAAUCAGAAGAUUCUACAGGUGGCCUUUAGAUCAAUUAGGUAAAGCACUUGAGCCACGUCUCGGGCUUGAAACGGCUACAGCUGUGAGAAAUUCCGCGGGCAGAUUUUGUUUAGUGAUCGGUGGAAUAUUUUGGCUAACUUAUUAUGUGAAAUAUAAUUCAAAUGACUGGACACGUAAAGGAGGAAUGCAAAUAUUGUCAUCCAGACCAGCAAUUAAUAUUAACGAUCCAGGAUUUCCUUACGUUCCAGACAGAAGUAAACCAUCCGAUUACUAUGACAGGGGAUUUAAAAAAUCCGGUAAUUUGAAUCUGUAGAUUAGCUCAAAGUUAGUGAAUUGUGAAACAUUAGGAGGGUAUGCUUAAAAAACAUGUUUUUUUUCAUGUAUCAUUAUAAGAAUAUGGUUUAUUGUAUGUAAGUAAGUAAAAUUUUCACAUUAACUUCUUAAUUUGAUUAUUAAAGUGUUGAUAGAAUUAUUUUGUUACAUGGAAUCAUACACGAGUUUUUUAAGAUAAAAAUUUCAUAAUUUAGGUGUGCUAAUAAAUAUAUAUA